CACUGGCGAUUCUUAGGCAAUUAGGGGAUUUGUUUUUGUGUUUAACCAAACAGCUGACCGAGUUCUUAUCAAGGAAUUUUAUAUUUUUAAUGCUGCGGCGCACAAUGGCGGAGUUUGAUGUAAAGGGCGGUCUGCAGCACGUAUUGAAGCGAAUUGAUGAGGUGCUCCUGCAGCGGCCCAAGGAAAUCAAAACAGCCAGACCCCUUCUCGUGGCUGUGAGCAAAACAAAACCAGCGGAUGCAGUAAUCGAAGCCUAUCAAGCUGGGCAAAGGGACUUUGGGGAGAACUAUGUUCAAGAGCUGGAGGAAAAGAGCCGGCAUCCGGACAUCGUGGCCCAGUGCCCUGACAUAAGAUGGCAUUUUAUUGGACACAUGCAGAGCAAUAAGAUUAACAAGGUUAUAUCUGUGCCCAAUCUACACAUGAUCCAAACCGUGGACAGUCAGAAACUUGCCACCAAACUAGAUACAGCUUGGUCGAAACAGCAGCCACCAAAAGAUAAGCCAUUGGAAGUGCUCAUCCAGAUCAAUACUAGCGGCGAAGAUGUGAAAAGUGGAAUCGAACCAAAAGAGGCACCUGCCCUAUACGAAUUUAUCAAGAUCAACCUGAAGCACCUUAAACUGAUGGGCAUAAUGACCAUUGGCGCCUAUGGCUUUGACUACAGCAAAGGUCCCAAUCCGGAUUUUGUCUCCCUUAUGCAAGUGCACCGCUCCAUAUGCGAGACGCAUUCAUUGACUCCCGAUUCCGUACUCGUGUCUAUGGGAAUGUCAAACGACUACGACCGGGCGAUCGAAAUGGGCAGCACGGUUGUGCGGGUGGGCACAUCUAUUUUCGGCUAUCGGCCGGCCAAGGCGUGAGGUGGUUCUGAGGAUGAAGAAAGAGGCAGAAAUGCGCAGCGGGCGCCCAAUACAGUUGUUUCCCAAUGACGUCCGACCUCCCAUCUGAGCAGCCUCCAAGUUCGCAUGUGUAUCAGGUGGAGAUGUGUAUACCCAUACACAUACUUGCAUACGCAGUUGAUGAUAGAAGAUGAUUUGGCGUUUAUAUUUAGAAAAUCUUGUUAUAAACAAAUAUUAUGUAUAGGCCUUUAUAUCCUCUGUAUGAUUGUUGCCCUCUCCAUAAACAAUACCUACAUUUCCAAAGUGUCAGAUUCAUUAAUAUAAGUUGUACACCUUUCAAAGCGUAAUACAUUGGUAGCAGUUUUCAUUAAUUUUAACAUUCCUUUCAGAAUUUUUUUGCACUUUGGUCUAUUAAUACUCCUGCAUACAUUCAAUGCUACAUCUCGUAUUAGAUUGUGGGCAGUUUUCUUCUAUAUUUUCUUGUUUUGCUUGGCCUUACGCCAAAAUGUCGCCUGGUUACGUGCCAAAAUUGCAGCGCCAAGAGAGUUUUCGACGAAAAUCACUUUCAAUGAAGCCCGAAAAAGACUGCAGUUGCCAUCGAUUUCUAUUAUGUCUGAUCGAUGAAUUAUGAACGCUUUCUCGCGUGUAAUCCACCAUUAAUUGAGAUAUUUUCUGUUUGAUAUGCAUGCCUUAAGCCAACAUUAAUUAUGUCAUUAGCCAGUCGAGGGAAUUCAUUCAUCUUAGCCAAUGGCGUUACAUAUAUUAAAUGUCUUUCAAAGAAUUUGUUUGGCGACCUUAUAUAAAAUGGCUAAAAUAAUAAUGAUUGAAAAAGGACCUCUGUUGCAA